AUCUGCCAAGAAGGUGCAUGCAGUAAACUUCCGUAAGGUUAUUUAACUUUUGGCAUAACAAAAUAGUGAUGUCUGAACUAAAACCUUGUAAGGUGUGUAAUUUUACGCGACAACAAUCAUACGGUUUGGUUGUUCCUUCUCUGGACCAACUAAAGAUUAAAGGAAGCGAAUCUCUUGGGUUUAGCCCAAGUACCUCCGUCUCUGUGGUAUUAGAAGAUGAUGGGACAAUAGUUGAAGAUGAGGCCUAUUUCUUGUGCUUACCUACAAACACAAAGUUUAUGCUCUUGCAUGAAAAAGAGACGUGGGCCCCACUACGAAGAAUUGAUGGCGGCACAGCUUGGAUGACCAGGGAGUCUGUGAAUCUUGAGAGCGAUGCUGUGGACAGCUCAAUCAGUGGGAUCGAGCCCUGGUUCUACCUGGCCCAGCAACUCAAGAAGGACCUGGCCAGCAUCAUACUGAUGUCGGAGGCAGAUUUACAAACCCUAGUGGACGUGCCUUGUUUAGAGCUGGCCUCAGCCCUGGGCUUCCCGGAGAGGAAGGCGCUGAAUCUCCAGGACACUCUACAGAGAGUGUUGGACCGCAGGGAGGAAGAGCGUCAGUCCAAGGAACUGCUCCAGCUCUACCUCAAGGCAGUGGAGAGAGAAGACAGUCAAGAGGCAGAGCCUAGAAAUGACGGGUCAGGUGAUGUGGAUGUGACAGACGGGCUGGCGGUGGAUUCGGCAUCAGGAUUCAUGUCCAGAACGCUGAUGGUUCUCAAGGGUAAAACGAGCCCUGAGACCAGGCUCUCCAAUGAGGAGCUGCAGAUGGUGGUGAACAAAGGUGCACGGGCCAUGGAGCAAGUCCUGGGCUGGGACUCUGAGAGGACAUUGGCGCUGCUGCAGGCAUGCGAGGAGCAACUGAACAGGCGGCUCCAGCAGGUUCAGGCCAUGCAGUACCUCCGUAGCCACACACAACAACAGGCCAGCACGCAGCCCUCAGACAAGAGCCAAGCCACACAAGCCAAGCGCAGCAAGUAAGGAGUAGGGGGAAGUUGCCCCUACACGCUGAUCUUGGGUGAAUUUAGCGUUUUCCCACUUAUGGUUAGGAUUAGGGAAGGGGAAACUGAUCCUAAAUCUGUACCUAGGGAAACUUCACCCCGGAGCCAGCUAGUAAUACCCCUCUGUCUCUGACCACAGAACACACACUAUCUGCCUUAAGACUGAGACGAUAAGUCACUUUGGUAUCGAUAUACGCCGCCCUCCGUAAGUAUUUGGACGGUAAAGCAUUUUUUCUUGAAAUCGAACAAUGACCAUAAGGUUAAAGUGCACACUGUGAGCAUUAACUUGAGGGUGUUUAUCUAUAUCGGGUGAACCAUGUAGAAAUGCCGUCACUUUUUGUACAUGGUCCCCCCCAUUUUAGAGGACCAAAAGUAUUGGGACAAAUUCACUUAUUUGUGCGUUAAAGUAGUAAAAUGUUAAGUAUUUGG